GCUCAAAGAGAUUGAAUUGGUCUCGUUUUGAAUUGAGCGAGCUUUUGAUCUCAGAUAGCCUAUGAUCUACCGAAUACCACUUCGGAUCUCAUCCAAAGAGCAUGUGGUCCCCGACAGAAUGUGCGAUCAGCCUGACGUCACCGGUCUAGGCGAUGAUGUCGAAAGGUGAUGAGCAUCAAACUGGGGCAAACUAUAAGAACAUCUACCGUGGUACUAGACGGACUUGCAAUCCGAAGACUGAAUAAUAACUUCUUCUCUCAUAUCGACAGAUAAUUUCUGACCUGCAUCAUGAGUACCACCCAAGCACCUUACCAGUCCUCCACCGGAGGCUACAACCAAGACCCCAACUCCACCACUCCUAUUGGGACCAACGUCAACACUGCAGCUAGCACCGCAGACCCUUUUACUGGACCUGCGUCCAAGUCAGCCGGACCGCAUAACUCCAACGUCGCCAACACUCUCGAUCCCCGCGUCGACAGCGAUUUGAACAACCGCGCCCAGUACGCCCCAGGCAUGGCCUCCUCCGGCAACGUCCACCCGGGCGCCACACAGAGCUACAACAACCCAGACAGCUCUAACGCUGGCCCUCACAGCUCCUCGGUCAUGAACAAGCUCGACCCCCGUGUCGACAGCCAGACCGGCAACACCACGACCAAGACGACCAACGAGACGGGUACAGGCGCCUCCCGCAAUCCUACCGAUACCUCUGGAGCAGGUGCUGGUGCAGGUGUCACGCAGGGCUCCUCGACCACCUCCGUCGGAUCGCCUGGGGUGGCAGAUAAUCGCUCGCGAUAUGACCCCAGUGUAUCGGGGUACAACCCCGCAACUGGGUCCGGAUACGCGACUGCCGGCGGCGUGGGCCACCAGCCCGCCCCGGGAUCCAGCAGCUACGAUAAGCAGGACUACCGAGCUGAAUAUGCGCCCAGCACGGAAAACAAGCAGUAUACUGCGGAACCACAGGGCCGAUCGGCAGGGAAGGGCGAGGAAAUUGGCCGUGGUGUGAAAUCAGCCAUUGCUGGCGUUCACGGUGCUGGGGAGUCGUUGCGGGGAGCAAUGAAUGCAGCUGUUGACAAGGCAUUUGGUCAUGAAGCAGGUGCAGCGAAGAAUGAGGCCAUAGCGAAUAAGGGCGAGCAAGAGAUCCGGUCAGGAACACUUUCUGGCCAAAGGGAAACUCGAUAAGCAGUCUACGUCUACUUUUGUUAUGAAUGAUGAUACCACGUUUUUGUACUUUGCAAUUGAGACUACAUGAGAUUGUGAUCAAGUUGUACUCCGUAUCUUACUCCAUAUAGUCAUUGUGCUGUGGCGAUGGACAUGAU